AUGGCUGAUGCAUUCAAGAAUGUCACUGCUCAGAGUGUGGAGUGUCCUGUAUGUCUGGAUACCUUCACCGAUCUCAAGAUUCUGUCUUGUUCUCACACCUACUGCAAAGCCUGUCUGGACAACCUCUUGGAAUGCCACGGUAACGAACAGAUGCUCCGAUGCCCUGUCUGCACGGCUGAAACCCAGGUCCCAAACCAAAAUGUCAGCAAAUUACCGGAAAACCUAGCUUUGAAGUCUCUUAUAGAGGACGUGAAGAAUCAACAUCAUCAUGAGGUCCUAGCCUUGAGUGAGAUCAAAUCAGGGAAGGUGUCAGUACCUAGGUACCGUAAAUUCAGGAAACACCCCAAAGAGGAUGAGGAGUACUUCUGUAUCAACUGCAGAAGAUUUUCCUGCUUCUGGUGUGUUGUCAUGGAGCAUAAAGACGAUGGACAUCGGAUCAUCGAGGCAGCUGUUUAUGAAAGCAGUCAUAUGAAGAGUAUCGAGGACCUCAAAUCCAAAGCGGACAAGAAACGUUCUUGCUUUCAGAAAUAUGUUGAUUUCAUUGAUGAUCAGAAGGAGCGUGUGAGCAAUGUUUAG